AACCCGGACGGCGCUGGACCAAUUGUGCGCCGCCCUAUGGGACUCCCAAUCACGGCUGGAUGUGAUUCGGCCUGGAUUCUAAUUAGGGAUGGACGUCAGCAGUCACAAGACCACCACAGAGUAAAUCACUCUGGCUCGCUCCCCCAGUCGCAGAUGUGUAUAAUGUGGGCUGUUCUACAGGCACGAUGGCUAUGACAAACUUGGAAUUUCUCUUGGGAUCUGGAUGUGUMAUCGCCGUCGAAUUACGGCACUGUCGUCACUAAAUUUGAAAGAACUCUUCAGACUAAAGAAUACACGUCUCGUCUGGGGGCGUUAUCACAUCAGUUUGUGCGUGGCUAAUGUUAUUUUCAGGCUAUCUAGCUGACUAGUCCAAGCAUCACAGUAGAAAGCUAGCAAGACAAUAUUGUGUGGUUACAUCGGCGCUAAACUAGCUAGCUUGGCGCUUUAGUAGGAGCUGGUGUGUAUGUGAUGUUCUCGGUACUUUCGUACGGUAGACUUGUUGCCAGAGCUGUUAUUGGCGGACUCUCUCAAACGGAUAGCGGUGACUACAGCCUGGUAACGGCAAGAUGCGGUUUUGGGAAGGAUUUUCGAAAAGGUAUCUUUAAGAAAGGGAUGUGCUAUGGCGACGACGCUUGCUUUAUUGCCCGACAUAGAUCUGCGGAUGUUUUGGGUGUUGCAGAUGGAGUGGGGGGUUGGAGAGACUACGGGGUGGACCCAUCACAGUUUUCAGGGACCCUGAUGAAGACGUGUGAGCGGCUGGUAAAGGAGGGACGCUUUGUUCCAAGCAACCCUGUGGGCGUCCUCACAAGCAGCUACUACGAGCUCCUACAGAACAAAGUGCCUCUGCUAGGCAGCAGCACGGCCUGUAUCGUGGUGCUGGACCGGCAGAGUCACAGGCUGCACACAGCCAACCUGGGAGACUCUGGCUUCCUGGUGGUGCGGGGAGGAGAGGUAGUGCACCGCUCCGAUGAACAGCAGCAUUACUUCAACACCCCCUUCCAGCUCUCUAUCGCCCCGCCUGAGGCAGAGGGGGCUGUGCUCAGUGACAGUCCUGAUGCUGCUGACAGCUCCUCCUUUGACGUCCAGUUGGGGGACAUCAUUCUCACAGCCACAGAUGGCCUCUUCGACAACAUGCCCGAACACAUGAUUCUACAGGAGCUGAAAAAACUCGAGAACACCAACUAUGAGAGUAUCCAGCAGGCAGCCAGGAGCAUUGCAGAGCAGGCCCAUGUUCUGGCAUACGACCCCAACUACAUGUCACCUUUUGCACAGUUUGCCUGUGACAAUGGACUGAAUGUAAGAGGAGGAAAGCCAGAUGACAUCACUGUGUUGCUGUCAAUAGUGGCAGAGUACACAGACUAGAGACUGUAUGGAGACUAGGAGGGGAAUUAGGAGUUUCCUCUUGUCUGCCUCUUGAAGAUGUCAGACUGCUUUGGUUCCUGCUGGUGGGGAUUAAGGACUGAUGUUGGUGGCUGAGCUUCCCUCCUGAGACCAUCAUUCCUCCAGGAUUCAAUCAGGCCCAUCUCUGAUGGAACACUGACAAUACAUGCACUGACUUCACCAUCAGAACUGAGUGUUAAUCUUUAAUAGCCUGAAGACAUGGAUGAAUAAAGCAGAGGGUUGUCUGACACAUCUGCUAGGCUACCUGCUGCAAAGUAUCUAUCUUGGAAAGUCUCUAGUUGUCUUUGACCUAAUCCCUGUUCAGUGGGAUAAAGGAUGUAGUCGUGUUGAAGAUGAAGCUCUGGCUCUCACAUGAGGAAUAAGUCUGUUAUUUUGGGCUGUAAAACAAAGCCCAGAAGGUAGAGAUUAAGAAACGGGGUCAGUAGUAGCCGGUUAAAAGUUGAUUGAAUACAGUAAGUAACAUCAGAAUACUAUACUGAAAGAGAGCGGCUCUCCAGUUAGACUGGUCCGUGACUCGCUGACCCCUGUCCCGGGUCAGAGGAAUAAGGCAACCUCAGAGUUAUCCACAAUAGAGAACUUUAGUUCAAGAGGACAUGAGAUGGAUGUGGUUCUGUACAGAGAAGAGAGAUGAAUGAAUAUACUGUAAAUAAUAAACAUUGCAUGAGAAUAAAAGGAGUAAUAGCACAAGCAAUAAUAAUAUUGACUGUAUAAUGAGAUGGUGACAUAAGCAAAGGACUUGUAUAACACAAAGAAUCCACUACUAUUAACAAACAGUAAAUCUUCAAGGUUCAAUAUCAUCACUCACCACUGUCCACGCACUCAUCACUCUUGUCCACUUGGAGAGACUGAGGAGGCUCUGAGCUGAGCAGGCAGGACUGUCAGGUGUCUUGCCCUCUAGCAACAUAUUGGUGAUCUAGUAGCAGAGGUCACUGGGUUUGGGGAUCCCUUAGUCUCUCUGGCACCAGCAGGGAUUGGUAGAGUGAGCUGCAUAAAGUUAUAAAACUCACAGGCAGGAGAAUCCUUAAGAUAUACCAUCAAGUCUGAAUAAUAAGGCCUCGAAAAACAUCACUUUCAGUGACUCAGAUUAAACAAAAUCAAAUUAAUAAAAAAUGAUAUUGAAGGGCAAUUUUUUUUAUGUAGGCAUAAGGACACGUGUCUGUGAUGUGAAUGAAUGUUGUUGAAAUGUUUUGGUAGAUUAUUGGACAAGUGACUGAUAUUUUAAGUUGUUUGAUCUAAGGGGUUGUAUGAAGACCAGGCACUGUUGCUGCAUAUCAGUUUCUGACUGUUCACUGGAAGUGCUACUUUGUCCCAGGCCUGCUGUUUUAAACUCUUUCUCACUCUCAACCUCUGAAUGCUCUGCUAUGAAAAACCAACUGAUAUUUACUCACAGGGUGUUAUACUGUUGUACCUUUUAUAACCAAAGUGGUUAUCUGACUCUGCUGGUCAUCUAUGACCGUUUUAAACGUCUUUAAGAACGAUCUGGCAUUAAUGGCCACGUACACCCGGCAGAGCCUGGUUCCUCUAGGUGGUUCCUGCCUUUCUAGAGAGUUUUUCCUAGCCACUGUGCUUCUACAUCUGCAU